CUUCUUCGACGUGAGCGAGGUUUUAUCCAGACGAACGUAGCCGCGGCUAGCGUGAUGUUGCUAAGCUAGCUGUCAGCCGAGGCGUCCACCACGGGUUUCGCUGCCGACUUUUUAGCCACCGGAUGCUCGCGGUCGUGCGCCGCUGCUGGCCGUCUUGACAUUCCCCUCAGCAUUCCCUGGACGAAUUCGUGUCGACUGACCAGAGUCCGCGAAUUCAGGUCCACUCCUCGUCUAACCUCCACCCCCCCAGACACACACACCGCCAGCUAGCGUGACGUCGCUCGCCGGCUAACGACACCGCACAACCCGGGAAGAGAAACCCGGGGCUCGAGACCGACGAGACUUCCACUUGGAGGACCGCACCCAGACAACAUGUCCCUUCAUCAGUUUCUGUUGGAGCCCAUCACCUGCCACGCAUGGAACCGCGACAGGACACAAAUCGCCAUCAGUCCGAAUAACCACGAAGUUCAUAUCUACAAGAAGAGUGGCAACCAGUGGGUCAAGACCCAUGAGCUGAAGGAGCACAAUGGACACAUAACAGGUAUUGACUGGGCUCCUAAAAGUGACCGUAUAGUGACAUGCGGCGCUGACCGUAAUGCCUACGUGUGGUCCCAGAAGGAGGGGGUAUGGAAGCCCACGCUGGUCAUCCUCCGGAUCAACCGAGCUGCCACCUUCGUCAAGUGGUCCCCACUGGAGAAUAAAUUUGCAGUCGGCAGUGGGGCUCGACUCAUCUCUGUCUGCUACUUUGAGUCUGAGAACGACUGGUGGGUGAGCAAGCACAUCAAGAAGCCAGUCCGCUCCACCAUCCUCAGUCUAGACUGGCAUCCCAACAACGUCCUGCUGGCGGCUGGGUCCUGUGACUUCAAAUGCAGGGUGUUCUCAGCCUACAUUAAGGAGGUGGAAGAGAAACCCGGCCCCACACCCUGGGGCAGCAAGAUGCCAUUUGGGGCAGUGUUAGCAGAAUUUGGAGGAGCGGGUGGAGGGGGUUGGGUCCACUCUGUCUCCUUCUCAGCCUCUGGUAACCGCCUGGCCUGGGUCAGCCAUGACAGCACUGUCACUGUGGUGGACAGCUCGAAGACUGCCAGUCCUUCACAGCUGAAGACGGAGUUCCUUCCUCUCCUCAGUGUCAUCUUUAUUUCAGAGAACAGUCUAGUAGCUGCGGGCCACGACUGCUGCCCCAUGCUGUUCCGCUGCGACGACGGCGGCGCGCUGACGUUCGUGUCGAAGCUCGACCUCCCCAAGCAGAGUAUCCAGAGGAACAUCUCCGCCAUGGAGCGCUUCAGGAACAUGGACAAGAGAGCCACCACCGAGGACCGCAACACUGCCCUGGACACAGUGCACCAGAACAGCAUCACCCAAGUGUCUAUCUAUGAAGGAGACAAACGUGAAUGUCGCAAGUUCUGCACCACGGGCAUCGAUGGAGCAAUGACCAUUUGGGACUUCAAGAGUCUAGAAGCUUCUAUCCAGGGUCUCCGCAUCAUGUGAAGGAAUCUCUCGAAUAAAUGAAGAGACGCUGCGGCCUCGCUUCAUCCCCCCUCGCCCUCACAGUCAUCACCCCCGCUUCCCCCUCACCCCCUCCACUCCUGCGGCGCAGCCAGAAACAUACAUAACUGACCAACCUUAUCAAGUGUCUGCUGAAGCACUGAUCAGACACUCACACACACACACACACACACACACUAAAACACACAAAUGAGCAUACACUACACUACACACACACUGGGCUGACGUGUGAGAUCACUGUUAAUUUUUUUUUUGUUUGUUUUUAAAAUGAAGGUUAAUUAGGUGUCAAAGUGGGGACGGUCCUCUUGACACGGAAUUAAGCGUGAAGUGAAAUGUGUGUUUUUAUGUUCUCUAACCUCCCGUACCAAAAGUCGAACACUAAAACGGUGUGUUUUUAAUCCAAAAAUCAGACUGUACUUCGCCCGCAGACGAAACCUCCACGUGAUCGCUCAAUGUUUAUUUGAUCGUGGUAGGACUUGAUUGAUUUACUUCCCGCGGGGAUAGUAAAGUCAUUGUUUGGGAUCAGGACCCUGGUUGUUGAUAUUCCGAGGUCAUGUUGCUGGUUGGCUGCGGAGCGCCGUGCAGGAUCUGGUGGCGGAGAGAGAACGCGUCUGAGCAGCUCUGAAGCUACUACACUAAAACCACACGAGAUGGAGGAUUUCUAUGUAACUGAUCAUGAGGUAGACAUUAAAUAAAGAUUAAAUACAUUUACAGUACACAA